UGUUCUAUUCGGAAUCGUCAUUCGUCAAUCGUUUUAAUUUUUGACGUCAAAGUUAAAUUCGUCCAAAAUUUAAUCAUCCUUUUAUUUUUAAUAAUUAACAAAUAAACUAAAAAUACUUCUAUUAGAUCCUACACCUUGAACCAAAGUUUUCGUCACAAUGCCACGUGGAAAGUAUACCAAUCACAAGGGGCGUAACCGUAAAUUUACCAGCCCAGAAGAGCUAGAAGAACAGCGUAAACAGGAAGAACUGAAAAAAAAAUGGAGAAAGGAACAUGGAGAUGAAAGCUCAAGUGAAGAGGAGUCUGAAGGAAAUAAGUCAGGAUCUGGCAGCAGUGAUGAAAGCGAUUCUGAUGAUGGGGCCCCAGCAAAAGCAAAAGGUGUAUCUGCUUUGAUAGAAGUUGAGAACCCUAACCGAGUAGUUAAAAAGAAUAAGAAAUUAUCAAAUUUGGACAAUCUUGGUGAAGGAGAGAAACCUCAACUAUCAAGGCGUGAACGCGAAGAAAUAGAACGGCAGCGGGCCGCGGCCGCGUAUCAGAAAGCGCACGCGGAAGGCAAAACCGACCAGGCAAGGGCAGAUCUUGCCAGGCUCGCGAUUAUUCGCCAGCAGCGGGAGGAGGCUGCCAAGCGACGCGAGGCUGAGAAGAAAGCUAAGGAGGAGACUACGAAGAAGAAGUAAGGUAGACAUCUACUCGGGACUUGAGUGUGGAAACCACCAUUUUUGGUUCUUUGUGAUCAUUCAGUGAUCAGAUGACUUAAAAUUACUCAAUGAAUAUUUAUUAUACCUUCGUCUAUGACCAACAGUAAACAAAUCACACUUCAAAAUGUUCAAUAACUAUAAUUUUAUUUUAUUACAUAUUAUGUACCAAUCUCUUGGUAUUGGAAGUUGUUCGUAUUGAUUAAAUAGAUAAUUGAAUGUGCAAUGCAAUAUGGACACUUCCAAUGAAAAUAUAUUUUAAGAAAACAAGAUUUUUUGGAUUUGUACGAGGAAGUGAUUAGUUUUUUUAAUUAUUUUCAAUAACCGCUUUGCCAUAAUCUUAUACUGUAACAUAUAUUUGGACAAUUUGCAUGUAAAAUUAUAUUAAAUAAAAUAUAUAAAGCUGUUCAAACAUUCUUGAUGAUUUUAUUGGAUUUAUUAUGUUAACGUACCUUGAAAUUUUACCCUGUGUUCAGUAAAAUUUUAAUAAUUGUACGCGAUAUGAAAUGAU